CUUUCUGCUACAGAGGAGACCACCCCUUCCUUGGAAUCUCCGGUCCCUGUGACAGAGAGCAGCAAGGAAAUUGUGACGGUGACCCAGAAGAUGGAAGAGCUGCAGCUGUCCAAGGAAGAGCCUGAGGGGGCCAAGGAGUCCAGAGGGGCCAUUUAUUCUGUGCCCCUCUUCCAGGACCUCCUUGAGGUGCCAGAGGAACCAAGGAAAACCUUCGAGGAGGCAGCCACCACAGGGCCCGAGGAGGCUGGCCCAGGGGCGGAGCCUGAACCUGACAUGGAGCAGGUGCCAAGCGCCACGGAGGCCCACGUGCUGGAUCAAAGGCAGCAGAGGGAAGGGGAGCCAGCGGCUUCAGAGGCAGCUCCAGAGGAGGUGGAGACCGAGGAUGGAGAGGCCGCGGGGAGCAAGAUCUCUCCAGGUCUCAGCCAGCCCAGGGAUGAGGAUGAGCCCCACAGUUCCCACAGCCCUGCAGAGCCCUCCCCAGAGGAUGAAGGAACAGGGCCCACAGCCGCCAGCUCCUCCGACAGCCCACAGGGAGAGGAUGUGGGUGAAGCGCGUGAAGGUCCCUCAGAGAUAGCCACCGAAAGGAAGGCUUCCCCUUCAGAGCAGGUGACUCACGGUGCAAGCCACAGCUCCAGCACGCCUGAAGACGCUGGGGUGGGAAGCGGGCACGUUCCUGGGCUGGCAGGCACUCGCUUCCCCAGUCCUCCUCGAGGGGCAGGUGCUGUGCCUCCAGGGACAGCGGCCUCCCCGGUAGCACCCUGGGGGGCAGCGCUGCUCCCAUCCCUGAGCACAAUGCCAGCCGGCCAGUCUGAAGAGAGCGGGGACCAUUCGGGUUUCUCCUGGCCUGCACCACCAAGGGCCUCCCCGGUUGCCGUCUCCGGUCCUCCCGACGAGGCCACGGCUGCCUUAAAGCCUUUUGUCGGCUCUGGAGAGGAGCCUGCUGAGGCCGAGGCUGAGGACAGGCCUUCCAGAGAAGGCCCCUGGGCUGAGGCCUCAGAGGAGGACGAGGACCCUGCUCUGAGGACAGCGGUGCCGGCUGCCGGCGAAGACGGGCAUCCGGGACACGGGGAGGUUGUCCCCUCUGGAGGCCCUUUGGGCUUGGAUUUCUUCAGCACCCCAUUCCUGGAGGCCUCCUUGACUACUGCCCACCCUCUGCCAGCCCUGCCCACUGAAAGCGCCAGCCUUGGAGCGUCUGGCAGCAUGUCAGACACCUGCAUGCCAAACCCCUGCAGGAACGGAGGGACUUGCACGGAAGACAGUGGGCGCACGGGGUGUCUCUGCCUGCCGGGAUACGGAGGGGACGCCUGCGAAAUCAGCCGAAAGAAGUGCCAGCCUGGCUGGGACAGCUUCCAAGGGUCUUGCUACAAGCACUUUUCUGAGCGGAGGAAUUGGGAAGACGCCGAGACCCAGUGCAGAAACUACGGGGGGCACUUAGCUAACAUCAUGACUCCCGAGGAGCAGAGCUUCAUCAACGAUCAGUACAAGGAGUACCAGUGGAUUGGUCUGAACGAUCGGACAAUUGAAGGGGACUUUCAGUGGUCCAAUGGGAGCCCUCUGCUGUAUGAGAAUUGGCACCACGGGCAGCCCGACAGCCACUUCCUCUAUGGGGAGAACUGCGUGGGCAUCUCCUGGCGAAAGGAUGGGAAGUGGAGCGACGUGCCCUGUGGCUACCAUCUGCCCUUCACCUGCAAAAUGGGGCUGGUCUCCUGCAGUUCACCCCCCAAAGUGGCAGAUGCACAAAUGUUUGGCAAACCAAAGCAGCGUUACGAAAUCAGUUCUGUCCUCCGAUACCGGUGCCCAGAAGGCUUCAUUCAGCGCCACUCGCCGCUCGUUCGGUGCCAGGAGACCGGCCAGUGGGAAUCGCCGCCAUUCACCUGCAGCCCCGUGGAGUCUUAGAGGCUGGCCGCCCCCUGUCCCUGGUGAAUUUUGGACAGCUGGGGGGGCACUUUUCAAGGCCUCUCUUGAAGAAGGGAAUGGAGGCCCUGGUUUCCAGAGCAGAAAGGGCUGGGGAAGGGUCCUUAGUGGGGGUCCUGAUCGGAAAGGUGCAGGACCCUCAUUGGCGUGGGAAUGGUUCUAGAGGCAUAAGGCAGGGAGAGGACCCCUUGGGCGGCGAGAAGCGGGGGCAAGCCUCCUCUGGCUUCCACUGGGAAAAUGAGGGGGGGAUGUGCAUGUCAAGGGGGUACUUUGCGCUCCCCCCCACCUAAUUCUCUUGCUACAAGUAAUGAGCCUUGUGACCUCUCCCCCCCCCCACUCCAAUGACAGGGCAAACUAGGACCGAAGAGGCAUCUAAGAUUAUCCCCAUCCUGGAUUCAUGAUCUAGUCAGGAGUGAGGAGAAUUGCCGUCUGCUCUUACUCAUUUUUUACAUGAUUAUAUGUGUACAUAUAAAGAUAAUCUAA